AACCAAAUCCAACCACACACAAUCUCCUCUUCUCUUCUGUUCUCUCUCGUUCUUUGCUACUUAAAGGGUUUUUUACUUUUUGCUCAUCUGCAAUGGCAGUUGUACCUCACAAGAGUUCAAGAGCCGAACGCCAUAUGUUUUCUUCAUCUGAUGACAAUACAAUGAUGAAGCAAAUUCAGGCUACCCAUGCUCCUGAUGGCCGUGAAUUUGCUGUCAAACCUCUCCUUCAUGUAGUUGAAGACAUUUUCCAACGCGCUAAACCCACUGGCCUUGCUACCCUUGUCCAUCAUCAGGGAGCUCAUCAGGCUCAGCUUGACGCAUUGGAAGAGAAGGCUCUGCAAAAUGGGUUUUAUGAAAUGCUGGAAGUUUUAUCAUACACAAUCAACAAGAUUUCCUGCGAGAUAUCAUGCAAAUGCUCCGGUGGUGGAGAUGCACAUGCAACGACAUUGUCUAUAUUUAACUUGUUAUCAAGCUACUCAUGGGAUGCAAAAGUGGUGCUAGCCUUAGCAGCAUUUGCAGUAAACUACGGUGAGUUCUGGCUCGUCGCACAGCUUUACCUUACGAACCCAUUGGCGAAAGCAAUUGCAUUGCUUAAGCAAUUACCAGACAUACUUGAACGUGCGGAUGCAUUGAAGCCAAAGUUUGAAGCACUCAACAAUCUCAUAGGAGCCACUCUGGAUGUUGCCAAAUGCAUAGUUGAAUUCAAGGAACUUCCAGAACAGUACAUUACGCCUGAUGCACCAGAAAUGUUAACUGCUACUGCUCAUAUUCCAACGGCUGUUUACUGGACAAUCAGGAGUCUAGUGGCUUGUGCAUCGCAAAUUAUCGGCCUCAUUGGCAUGGGUCAUGAGUAUAUAGCAUCAACAACAGAAGCAUGGGAGCUAUCAAGCUUGGCUCAUAAGGUCAGAAGCAUUCACGAACAUCUCAUGAGACAGCUCACCCUUUGUUAUCAUCAUAUAGAUGAGAAAAGGCACAUUGAAGCAUAUCAAACACUUGUGCGCCUGUUCGACACCAUCCAUAUUGAUAACAUCAAGAUUCUCAAGGCUCUGAUUUAUGCUAAGGAUGAUCAACUACCGCUCUAUGACGGUGCUGCCAAGAAAAGGGCAAGCCUUGAUGUGCUUAGGAGGAAGAAUGUAUUGCUAUACAUCUCAGACCUUGAACUGCCUCGUGAAGAGCUGGAAAUGCUUGAACAAAUGUACACUGAAGCCCGACAACAUCCAUCCAGGACGGAAAGUCAAUAUGAGGUAGUAUGGCUUCCGGUGGUGGACCGGUCAUCUCCAUGGGAUGAUGUAAAGCAAAAGCAAUUUGAAACUCUCCAGACAAUGAUGCCAUGGUAUUCAGUCUAUCACCCUUCAUUGCUAGACCCUGCAGUCAUCAGAUACAUCAAGGAGGUCUGGCGCUUCAACAAGAAGCCAUUGUUAGUUGUGUUGGAUCCACAAGGCAAAGUAGUGAAUCCUAAUGCUAUACACAUGAUGUGGAUUUGGGGAAGCAUAGCUUUCCCUUUCACUAGCCUGAGAGAGGAAGCACUCUGGAAGGAAGAAAGCUGGAGGAUUGAGUUAUUGGCAGACGCCAUUGAUGCUAAUAUCCUUGCCUGGAUACAAGAAGGGAAGUACAUAUGCUUGUAUGGCGGAGAGGACAUAGAAUGGAUUCGCAGAUUCACUAAAACAGCAGCUGUAGUUGCAAAAGAAGCAAACAUCCAGUUAGAAAUGCUAUAUGUAGGAAAGAGCAACCCCAGAGAGAAAGUGAGAAAAAACAAUGUAACAAUCCAAUCAGAGAACCUUAGCCAUGUAUUACCAGACCUUACAUUGAUAUGGUUCUUCUGGGUCAGACUAGAAAGCAUGUGGCACUCCAAAGUGCAACAUAACAGAACCGUAGAGAAUGAUUCAAUAAUGCAAGAGAUAGUUACAAUGCUUAGCUUUGAUGGAAGUGAGCAAGGAUGGGCUGUGCUUAGUCAUGGAUCAGGAGUUAAUGAUCAAAUGGCCAAGGCAAAAGGUGUUGAUAUUUUGAAAAGCUUGGAUGAAUUUCAGACAUGGAGGAAGACUGCGGAAGAAAGCGGUUUUGUGCCUGCACUUAAUGAAUACCUGACCGGACACCAUAGUCCACUUCACUGCAACCGCCUGAUUCUGCCCGGAACCACCGGAAGUAUUCCUGAAAAGGUGGUCUGUGCUGAAUGCAGCCGCCCUAUGGAGAAGUUCAUUAUGUACCGCUGCUGCACCGAUUAAGGCUACAGCUAUUUUUAACUUACAUAGCACUUCUGUGUUUACUAUAGGCAACAGCUACACAUAUAUAUAUGGUUUGCGCUGUGGCUGGGAUUAAAUAACAGAUGCUUGCAGUGUGAGAACUUGCAGCGUGAGAACUGGCUAUCUCUGCUGCUUGUUUCUUUUUUCUUAAUUGCAUUUUGUAAUUUUCCUUAUCUAAGAAUUGAUACUUUAUAAUAACAUCUUGGUUCAAUUUAUUUUCAAUCAA